AUGGACAACCAGAGCAUCCUUCAGAGCCCAUCCAAGCACAACCUCUUACCGGCAGAGACCAUCGACAACAUCAUUGAUUACCUCCACGACGACGUCACUACCCUCGCUGCAUCUUCUCUCGUAUGUCGCGCCUGGCUACCGGCUUGCAGAUACCAUCUCUUC